UGUCGUAAGCCGCUUUGAUAAAAAAAAAAGUUUCAUCUAAUUUCAUGUAAUUGCGUACGCGUUGCAGGAAAGAAGAGCAUAUAUCCUCUCUUCUGUAAACUUUUCAGUUUUCAUCAUCAACUUCACCAUUGCAAGGACAGGUCUAGCUCUAGACCGUUAGCUCACCGUCAAAGGUCAAUUCUCUCUAACUAAUUUUCGAGCUCCGCCAUCACUCUCACCAUAUCUGGGCCAUCUGGCUAUGGCCAGUGUGAUCUCGAUCGUUUAUUCUACGUCGUCUAUGCUUUCCGGGAAGGUGAUCAUCCAGUAAAAGAAGAACAUUUAGAUUGCAAAAGGAUCAUUAAGCGGUGUUCCAAAUACAACUAAGAUGGAGACAGGUGGAAUUAAUGUUUCAGUAUUUGCAGUUCUUGCUGCAAUUAUUAUACCGGUCUUGCUUUCCAUGGCACUUUUAGAGAAGAAGAAGCCAAAGAAAAGAGGAGUUCCGGUUGAAGUUGGUGGUGAGGAAGGUUUGGCAAUACGUAAUGCUAAAUAUACAAGAUUGGUAGAUGUCCCUUGGGAAGGGGCCACUACUGUGGCUGCUCUAUUCGAGCAGUCCAGCAAAAAGCAUUCACGCGAACUUUUCCUUGGAAAUAGAAAAGUGCUUGGUAGGGACUUUGUAACAGCAAGUGAUGGAAGAAAGUUUGAGAAGCUCCACUUGGCAGAGUACCAGUGGGAAAGUUAUGGUCAAAUAUUUGAUCGUGCUUCCAACUUUGCAUCUGGUCUUGUUAAAUUGGGUCAUGAUGUGGAUACACGUAUUGCUAUUUUCUCUGAAACUCGUUCUGAGUGGUUCAUUGCCUUUCAGGGAUGCUUCAGGCAAAAUAUCACUGUCGUUACCAUUUAUGCUUCUCUAGGAGAUGAUGCUCUUGUUCAUUCUUUAAAUGAGACUCAAGCCUCAACACUGAUUUGUGAUCCCAAGCAACUGAAAAAGUUAGCUUCAAUUAGUUCUGACUUAAAAACCAUCAAGAAUGUCAUUUAUUUUGAAGGAGUCGAAACUGCAAGUGAUCCCAACGUUUCUAAGCCUACUGGCAACUGGAAAGUGUCUUCUUUCUCUGAAGUUGAAAAACUUGGUAAGAAUUAUCCUGCCAGUCCUAGAUUGCCUAUCAAGACUGAUAUUGCUGUCAUCAUGUACACAAGUGGAAGUACUGGAUUACCAAAGGGUGUUAUGAUAACUCACAGCAACAUUGUAGCUACAGCCGCUGCAGUUAUGACUGUUGUCCCAAACAUUGGAACCAAGGAUGUUUACGUGGCAUUCUUGCCUCUAGCUCAUGUUUUUGAAUUGGCUGCUGAAAUUGUAAUGAUGACUGCUGGUGCUUCAAUUGGUUAUAGUUCUGCAUUGACAUUAACUGACAUAUCCAGUAAAAUCAAGAAGGGAACAAAGGGAGAUGCUUCAGUAUUAAAGCCUACUCUAAUGGCAGCCGUUCCUGCUAUUCUUGAUCGUGUUAAAGAUGGUGUGAUUAAAAGGUUGAGGAAAAGGGAGGUUUUGCCAAAAACCUUUUCAAAAUUGCCUUUAAGCGCCGACUUAAAUCUAUAGAAGGAAGCUGGCUUGGUGCAUGGGGGGUAGAAGCUCUACUUUGGGACCUAGUAAUUUUCAAAAAGAUUCGAUCAUUUCUAGGGGGAGAAAUCCGUUUUAUGCUUUGUGGUGGAGCUCCGUUGUCUGGAGAUUCACAAAGAUUCAUCAACAUCUGCAUGGGAGCUCCCAUUGGCCAAGCUUAUGGUUUGACAGAAACCUUUGCUGGUGCUGCCUUCUCCGAGUCAGAUGACACUUCGGUUGGUCGUGUUGGUCCACCACUUCCUUGUGCCUAUAUAAAGCUGAUUUCUUGGGAAGAAGGUGGUUACAGAAUAAGUGACAAGCCAAUGCCUAGAGGAGAAGUUGUUAUUGGUGGAUUCAGUGUUACUGCUGGUUACUUCAAUAAUGAUGAGAAAAGCAAAGAGGUGUACAAAGUUGAUGAGAGGGGCAUGCGAUGGUUUUAUACUGGCGACAUUGGAAUGUUUCAUCCUGAUGGAUGCCUUGAAAUUAUUGACAGAAAAAAAGAUAUUGUGAAACUUCAACAUGGGGAGUACAUCUCCCUUGGAAAGGUAGAGGCAGCACUCGUGACAAGCAAGUAUGUGGACAACAUAAUGGUGUAUGCAGACCCCUUUCACAGUUAUUGUGUAGCUCUAGUUGUUCCUUCACAUGAGAUCCUUGAGAAAUGGGCGCAUGAAAACGGGAUAGAGUACAUGAACUUUCAUGAGUUGUGUGACAAAGCAGAAGCCAUCACUGGGGUUCAUCAAUCACUAUCACAGGCAGCGAAAGAAGCAAGGUUGGACAAGUUUGAGAUUCCAGCUAAGAUUAAGCUAAUACCAGAGCCUUGGACUCCAGAAUCUGGAUUGGUUACAGCUGCCUUUAAAAUAAAGCGGGAACCCAUCAAGGCCCGCUUUAAAGAUGAGCUCCAUAAAUUGUAUGAAUAAACCAAUUUGGUGUCCUUGUUCUACUCGACUCUACCUAUAAAUUAUGUUGUGUAACAUUUGAGGCAGUUUCUUUGUAGUUAUUUCACCUUGCUCAAUUUUGUGUUACAAAGGUUGAACCUGUAAUGCUUCUGUUUACAGUGUAAGAAUCUCAUUCCCUUGAUGCUAAUAUUCAACAUUGACAAUAAUGCCAAGAAUGAGUGUUAUUGGAUUAAGGUUAUACUUUGCACGAAUGCAGUUAC